ACAAACAAAAAGAAAUUCGCAGAAUAAAGUAGUGUGCAUUAGCUACGCCAAUGGAACAAGCAUUACGUGGACCAACACUGCAAAUUAUUAGCUCAUUUCAGGAUAAGCUUCCUCCUCUUCACACUCUCUUCACUCACCUACCACUUUCGCGGUUUCGAUCAUCCAGAAAGAAGAGGCUCAUACUCAGCGCCAAGUUCGCUUUGGAGUCUGAAAUGGCUGGUCAAGAAGGGAAGACAGUUCCUUCUGAUGUCAAAUCAGGGAAUAUGAUUUUUGUGCCUAUCCUGGACGAUGGAAUUUUUCGAUUUGAUUGUUCCGGAGAUGAUAGACUUGCUGCAUAUCCCAGUCUUUCAUUCUUCAAUUCUAAGGAUAGGGACACACCAAUCACACGUCAUUCUGUUCCUUCAUAUAUCCCUACUUUUGAAUGUGCUUUAGGACAGCAGAUUGUCAAACUUGAGCUUCCCAGUGGUACCUCCUUUUAUGGAACUGGAGAAGUUAGUGGACCACUUGAGCGUACAGGGAAGAGAGUUUUCACAUGGAACACGGAUGCAUGGGGUUAUGGUCCUGGAACUACAUCCUUGUAUCAAUCACAUCCUUGGGUGCUAGCUGUUACUCCAAAUGGAGAGGCACUGGGGGUUCUUGCAGACACCACACUGCGUUGUGAGAUUGAUCUGAGGAAGGAAUCAAUAAUUCAAUUCACUGCUUCAGCCCCAUAUCCUGUCAUUACAUUUGGUCCAUUUGCUUCUCCUAAUGGUGUCCUGAAAUCUUUAUCUCGUGCAAUUGGAACUGUUUUUAUGCCCCCAAAGUGGUCCUUAGGUUAUCAACAAUGCCGAUGGAGCUAUGAUUCUGAUACAAGGGUUCGUGAGGUUGCAAGAACAUUUAGGAAGAAGGGUAUUCCUUGUGAUGUCAUAUGGAUGGACAUUGAUUACAUGGAUGGUUUUCGCUGUUUCACAUUUGAUCAGGAACGUUUUCCAGAUCCACAAUCUUUGGUCAAAGAUCUCCAUGAUAUAGGUUUUAAUGCAGUUUGGAUGCUUGACCCUGGAAUCAAAUGUGAAGAAGGUUAUUUUGUGUAUGAUAGUGGAUCUAAAAUUGAUGUUUGGAUUCAAACAGCAGAGGGAAGGCCAUUUAUCGGGGAAGUGUGGCCUGGGCCUUGUGUUUUCCCAGACUUCACACAAUCAAAAGUUCGCUCUUGGUGGGCUAGUCUAGUUAAAGCUUUCAGUUCUAAUGGAGUUGAUGGUAUAUGGAAUGAUAUGAAUGAGCCAGCUGUUUUCAAGACGGUAACAAAGACAAUGUCUGAAAGAAAUAUUCAUCGAGGAGAUGAUGAACUUGGAGGUUAUCAGGAGCACUCAUACUAUCACAAUGUAUAUGGCAUGCUGAUGGCAAGAUCAACAUUCGAAGGCAUGAAAUUAGCUAAUGAAAAUAAGCGUCCUUUUGUUCUUACUAGAGCUGGAUUUAUUGGCAGUCAAAAGUAUGCUGCAACCUGGACAGGAGAUAACCUUUCAAACUGGGAGCAUCUUCACAUGUCUAUCCCCAUGGUACUUCAAUUGGGACUUAGUGGCCAGCCACUUUCAGGACCUGAUAUUGGCGGAUUUGCAGGAAAUGCAACACCCAAGCUUUUUGGAAGGUGGAUGGGCAUUGGUGCAAUGUUUCCUUUUUGCCGUGGGCAUUCUGAAACGGGCACUUUUGACCAUGAGCCAUGGUCUUUUGGAGAAGAGUGUGAGGAAGUAUGUCGUUUGGCAUUGAAGAGACGUUAUCGCCUUAUUCCACACUUGUAUACUUUGUUCUAUGCUGCUCAUACUACGGGUACACCAGUGGCAACUCCUACUUUCUUUGCUGAUCUGAAAAAUCCUAGCUUAAGGACACUUGAAAAUUCCUUCUUGUUGGGUUCGCUUCUGGUUUAUGCAAGCACGAUUGCUGAUCAGGGAACAAACAAAUUGCAGCAUGACUUGCCUAAAGGAAUCUGGUUGAGAUUUGAUUUUCAUGAUUCACAUCCGGAUUUGCCAACCUUAUACUUACAAGGUGGAUCAAUAAUACCUUUGGGUCCCCCUCAUCAGCAUGUUGGUGAAGCUAAUUUGUCAGAUGACCUAACCCUGGUUGUAGCUUUAGAUGAAUAUGGGAAAGCUAAAGGUGUACUCUUUGAAGAUGAUGGUGAUGGAUAUGAAUUCACUAAGGGUGGAUAUCUGCUCACACAUUAUGUUGCUGAACUUCAUUCUUCUGUUGUUACUAUUAGAGUUUCUGAAACAGAGGGGUCUUGGAACAGGCCCAAAAGACGUCUGCAUGUACAAUUAUUGCUUGGUGGAGGUGCAAUGGUUGAUUCAUGGGGCAUGGAUGGAGAUAUUGUGCAAAUUAUGAUGCCUUCAGAACAUAAUGUUUCUGAGCUGGUAUCAACAAGUGAAAAACAAUACAGGACCCGUUUAGAAAGUUCCAAGUGUAUCCCAGACUUUGAAGAGGUUUCAGGACCAAAGGGAGCAGAACUUUCUAGAAUCCCAAUUGAAAUGAAAACCGAUGAUUGGAUUGUUAAAAUAGUCCCCUGGAUUGGUGGUAGAAUUAUUUCCAUGGAGCACCUUCCUUCAGCAACACAGUGGCUUCAUAGCAGGAUUGAGAUUAAUGGAUAUGAAGAAUAUAGCGGCACUGAGUACCGGUCUGCAGGAUGCUCUGAGGAAUACAAGGUCAUUGAGCGGGAUCUGGAGCAUGCAGGAGAGGAUGAAUGUCUUAUAUUAGAAGGUGAUAUUGGUGGAGGAUUGGUUAUUCAACGGCAGAUUUUUAUCCAGAAAGGUGAUCCAGAGAUUCUCCAUAUCGUUUCUAGCAUUGUAGCCCAGAAAGUUGCAGUUGGUUCAGGUGGAUUUUCAAGGCUGGUUUGCUUGAGAAUACAUCCAACCUUUACCCUUUUACAUCCCAUGGAGACUUUUGUUUCAUUCACUUCCAUUGAUGGAUCAAAGCAUGAAAUUCGACCUGAAUAUGGGGAUCAAUUUUAUGAAGGGAAUCUGCUGCCAAAUGGAGAAUGGAUGCUUGUUGAUAAAUGUGUUGGUGUGGGGCUAGUGAACCGAUUUAAUGUGAAAGAGGUGUUCAAGUGUUACAUCCACUGGGGAACUGGGACUGUUAACCUGGAGCUGUGGUCUGAAGAGAGGCCUGUUUCAAGGCAAUCUCCUCUCAGGAUUUCCCACGAGUAUGAAGUUAAAGCAACCUCUUAGUUGCUUGGUAUUGUCAUUUGUACUAGGAAAAAUCCCAAUAAGCUGGAUGCUAUAAUGCACUGUAACUUGGAAUUUUAUUAUGCAACCUUGAAUUGAUAAACACUUUUCCUUGUGGAACCUUUGGGGUAUUACUCAAAAAAAUAUGGCAUUGGCUGCUGCUCGAUUUCUAACUUA